GAGGAUUUGUCAUCUGGUCGUUUUAAUUGUGAGAAGCGAACAGACCGUUGGAGAAGAGAAGAAAAAGAAGAGGAGACGUCCGAACGUUUGUUUCAGUGAAAUGUCGUCAAAUUCACAUUCGUCCUUCUGUUCGACAGCAGAGGAAACUGAUGAAGAUGAAGAGACGACGUCGGAGCCGUUCAAGGUGCAGCCGUUCGACACGCUGUUGAGCAGCACGAGUCGCUACCUCAUCAUGGAGUUCACCGGAGAGGGAAGCUUCGGCCAAGUGGCCAGAGCUCUGAAUCUGAUCAUAUCACAGGAGGUGGCUCUGAAGAUCUUGAAGACUGAGAGUGAAUCUGAACGAGAGAUCCGGAUGCUUGAGGCUCUGAGCGUUCUGGACCCGGUCAAACACAGCGUGGUUCACUUCUGUGAGAAGUUCCACGACAGAGGACACACAUGCCUCGUGUUCGAGAAGCUGGACAUGGACCUUCUGGGAUUAUUCAAACAACAACAGUGGGAACCACUGACGCCGAACGAAAUCCGUCCGAUAACUCACCAGCUGCUGACGGCGCUCGUCGCCCUGAAGAGCCUCGGCGUCGUUCACGCGGACCUGAAGCCGGACAACAUCAUGCUGGUGAACCACCUGACGGAGCCCUACAGGGUCAAACUCAUCGACUUCGGCCUCUCCUUCAUGGUCUCAGAGGAGGACACGUUCGGGAAGACCAUCCAGCCUCAGGGUUACAGGGCCCCUGAAGUCUCGCUGGGCCUCCCCGUCUCUCAGGCCAUCGACGUGUGGGGUCUCGGCUGCGUCCUUCUGUUCUUGUACCUCGUCCAACAUCCGUUUUCUACCACCUGCGAGUACCAGGAAAUGAAAGGUAUUGUCGACAUGCUGGGUCAGCCGGCGGACGACCUCCUGCAUGCGGGUUACUUCACACAAAGGUUCUUCAGGGAGAACCAGUUCUGGCACGAUCCAGAAUGGUGGAUGAAGACCCCGGUGGAAUACCAACGGACUACUGGCUUGGAGCCCGAGGAGUCGACGAGUCCCGUCAGACUUCUGGACGACCUGCUGACACUCUACCCGUGGAUGCAAGGAUCCACCGAGCUGGGAGACACGCGAGCGUUCGUCAGUCUGCUGAAGUGUCUCCUGCACACGGACUCGGAGAUGAGGAUCAGUCCGGAGAGGGCGCUCACGCACCCGUUCCUCACCAUGGUGCAUCUGUCCCACCAGACCGACGGCCUGUAUUUUAAAGAUACCGUGGAUAAAAUGCGAAUCGUGGGACUCGACGACUCGUAUGAUUACCUGUAUUCCGACGAGGAAGACUUCAUCGACAUCUCGGUUACACCUCGUUCCACGGACACGGGCUCAGAGGUCGAGGACGAGUCGGGCCACGAGCGACAUCCCGAUAGUGAGACCGAGGAAGAGUCCGGCGACGAAGAGAACUCGGCUACACCGGGUUCCACAGACACAGGCUCAGAGGUCGAGGACGAAGAGGAGGAGUCGGCCACGCCCAACACGACCGCAGCCAGUGACGACUUCUGCUCGGCGACGGGGGAACUGACCGUGAGUCGACACGUGGCAGACGAGUCUGAACAGACACUGAGUCCUGUCGCCGUGAAGAAGAACCGACUGAGGAGGAUCAGGGAAUUCUUCUACCGGGUUAAAAGUGCAAUUUUAAAAAAGUUUAAAGGGAAAGAAAGUGUGUGAACGGCUGUUAAGUCUCCAGGAGCGAUGAAGUGAUGGAUCAGCUGCUCGAGGAGAAACGCUGCCGUGAAUCUUCUGCUCCGGGUUUCUUCACUUUCUUCACGUCGCCUUUUCUCUUUCUGUCUUUCUUUCUCUCUCUUUCUUUCUCUUUCUCAUAUAAUAUCUGUAUUAAUCAUAUAAUAUUACAUCUGUAAGUGUUUCAACAAUCGGAGUGACGACCCCUGAGACAGUCGCACCUGAAGAAGAUACAGUAACCAUGACAACCUCACAACUGUUAAUCAUGUCGAUAGAAAUUAAAGUUCACUUGAUCUGA